AUGAAAUCCAAGACGAUUGUUGCCAUCUUAGCCUCCGUCGCCUCUACUCAUCCUCAUGGUCGCUACCGUCAUCACCAUAAGGCCCGAGAACUUAUCACGGUGUGGGAAACUAUCUGGGAGACGGCCACCCUCACAAUCGACGCCAAUCCCACAGAGAAUAAUCCUCAGUCCUCUCCCACAACCACCCGUCAAACCAACUCUUCGCAAGUAGGGGCAAAUAACCCUAUUGAUCUCACAACUGAUACUCACCAUGUGGUAUCAGGAGUGACGAUGGGGUCAACAAAUAGCCCCUCCACCACCACCACCAGCGAUGGGAUCCCCUACGGUGAGAUAUUCUCAGGUGAGAUCACGUAUUACAACGCUGGCUUGGGCGCCUGUGGAUAUCCGGACGACGGUAAAGACGACACGACAAACAUAGUGGCCAUCCCCGCUCAGUUCUGGGAUAACAUCAGCACGGCAACAUCGUACGGUCUUAACCAGCCAGCCCAUCCGCUUUGUGACAAGACCAUCACCAUCACCUCUCUCGAUGGCAAGGCCACUACGGCCACGAUCCGCGAUCGCUGCGGCGGCUGCGCUGGUCAUGCUAUCGACGUCACCCCACACGCCUUCAAUGAGCUUUUUGGCUCGCUAGAAGGCGGACGGCUCGACUGCACCUGGGAGAUUAAUCUGUAA